UUGGGCAUAACACCGGGAGCGAGCUUUUCAGCAGACCUUUGACGGUGUGGGAGAGACAGGAAAAGUCAGAGAUCCAUUGUGAACCUACCGGGGAGUUGUUUGGUCGAGCCGAAGGUUGAUUUAGAAAUGUCGGAGGAAAACGAAGAAACGCAAACCGCGGAGGAGACACCGGUGGAGGACACGGAGACACAAGACAAGGUGAUCAGCCCAGAGAAAGCAGAGGAGGCUAAACUGAAGGCCAGGUUUCCCAACCUGGGACAUAAGCCUGGAGGUUCGGAUUUUCUCCGCAAACGCUUGCAGAAAGGGCAAAAGUAUUUUGACUCAGGCGACUACAACAUGGCCAAAGCCAAGAUAAAGAACAAAACGCUGCCAACGGCAGCGCCAGAGAAGACGGAGAUCACAGGGGACCACAUCCCCACCCCCCAGGACCUGCCCCAAAGGAAACCCUCUCUGGUGGCCAGUAAGCUGGCAGGCUGAUCCACAUGCGUCCCUCCAGGCCCCUUCAGCACCUCAUAGCCCCACUCCAGCCCAUCCCCAGAGUUGUAACACUACCUACCCCCCCACCCCAACUAUCACCACUCAUUCUGCUCCACAAUAGCCCAGACCCAAACAGCCACUGAAGAGGCUGGCUGAUGGUUUCAUUUUUUUUCUCUCAGUAUUUUCUUAUCCAGUCCCCGCUGCCCGCCCACCUACCCAUCCCCAGUGACUCUUUUGUUUACCCUCUUCCUUUUUUUUUAGUUCCAUAUAAGAUACCAGAGUGUGUUGAUUAGUCUGAUGCCCCUUUGUACAGUACGACUGGUUGAAGACGGGCGAGAAGCAGAAGCUACAACACUCACAUUUCAAAUGCUUUGGUGUAACGUUCAGGGUUCCUCAGAUGAUUGGAAGAGUUUAUUCCUGUAGCUGUAGGUGUGUAUAUAUAUACAUAUAUAUAUGUUUGUCUGGCACGGGGAGAGAAUGUCACCUCUGAUGGUGAAUAAUUGAUUCCAUCUUAAUGUUUAAAGAUUUCAAUGAUCUAAUCAGGAAGGAAUUUUUUGGUUUAGUGCUCUGCUUCCUUAUUUAAGGUCAAUAUGUUCAAACAGAAUGCUAAGGAACUGCAUGCAUGGCCUCGUUAAAGCAAACUUUACUGUUUCCGGCGUCAGACGUCAGAUGCACUCGUUUACCGGCCAGUGAUUCAUUCAUGACAUUUGGAUCAAGAUUUUCGGACUGAAGAGAAGUCGUCCAGGUUUGCACCAGAGUUUAAAGGUGCAGCUGGCGAUGCCAUGCAGUCCUCUGCUGGGGUCCCAGCUGUCAUGAAUAAAUCAUUAUGUGCAGUGGUGGAGGGGCGUGUACAUUGAAGAUGACAGCAUGUAGCUACAUAGGGGACCAGUCUUUGCAUCUGAUGCUGAGUUUAAAAAAUAAUAAAAAAAAGUGCUUAGAACAAGUCAUGUGAUGGGGAGGGGUGCUAUUAUGAGUUACGGUUGUUUUAUCUUAAUGUUCUCAGCCCUAUGUUGUGCUUUUAAAGUGUCAUCACAGAUGGGGAUGCUGUAGAUCGAUGCUAGCGUAGCAUCGAUGUGAGCUCUGCAUGUAUAUGGCUGCCCUGCUGUCACAAUGUGCCAUUUUUGUUUUUGUAAAUAAAAUAGUUUUGCAC